AAUUUACUAUAUCUGCAGAUGGAGUGCAAAUUCAAAACAGAAAACUCAAAUAUCACUAUAAUGAUGGAGUUUGUUCUCUUGGGGUUUUCUGAUAUUCCCAAUAUCCAAUGGAUCCUUUUUGGGAUGUUUUUAGUCAUCUAUCUGAGUAUCCUGAUGAGCAACAGCAUCAUAAUACUGGUAACAAAAAUUGACUCUGCUCUCUAGACCCCCAUGUAUUUUUUUCUCAGCAAUUUUUCAUUUUUAGAAAUCUGUUAUGUCACAGUCACUAUCCCAAGAAUGCUCAUGGACCUUUUGACCCAGAAAGGAAACAUUUCUUUCUUGGCCUGUGCUACGCAAAUGUGUUUUGUUUUUAUUCUUGGAGGCUCAGAGUGUCUCCUUCUGACAGCAAUGGCCUAUGACCGCUAUGUGGCCAUUUGUGACCCUCUGCACUAUCCUCUAGUCGUGAACCACAAGGUCUGUGUCCAGCUGGUGGCUGCCUCCUGGAUCAGUGGAGUUCCAGCUGUAGUUGGGCAAAUAUGUCAGAUUUUCUCUCUGCCCUUUUGCGGGUCUAACAGAAUUAAUCAUUUCUUCUGUGACAUCCCCCCAAUACUCAAGCUUGCUUGUGGAGACACAUUUGUGAAUGAAAUAGCAGUCUAUGUAGCUGCAGUGGUAUUUACCAUGGUUCCAUUUCUUUUGAUUGUUGUCUCCUAUGGCAAAAUUAUCUCCAACAUUCUGAAACUGUCAUCAGCCAGAGGGAGGACUAAAGCCUUCUCCACCUGUUCCUCUCACCUGAUGGUUGUAGUCUUAUUCUACGGAACAGCUACUAUUACUUAUUUACAACCCAAACCUAAUCAGUCUGAAAGAAGUGGGAAACUGAUCUCUCUUUUCUAUACCGUUUUGACCCCAACGUUGAAUCCUAUUAUAUAUACGCUGAGGAACAAAGACAUUAUGGUGGCACUGAGAAAACGAGUAAGUUAUUAUUGUGACUCAAAGACUUGA